UGCCUUCCCCUCCAAUGUGAAGAAGUUGGUGUUCUUUUAGAUAACAUUUUUCACAUGUGUGGAUAAGCAGAAGCCAGCAAUGUUUCAGACAUCAUCUGCUGACAGGGCAGCAGCUAUACAAACUGCUAUCCUAAAACAGGUUAAAUGGCAAUUGGGAGGGUUUUUGUGAGUGUGGCAUCUAAUGCCUUGUCUCUUUCAGUUUUAUCACGUCAGGGCUCAGGUGGCAGUUCCGAUUAAAAGCAUUACAGAUACCCAAAUAAGAACGUAGGGUAUGCAUUGGCUGGAAGCUGACAGGGUUUAAGUAAUCACCUGCAGUUGAAUUGAGACUCGGAUGGGAAGUAGGAAGUGCUGUACUCAAGCUUCCUGUAUAAAUAAAUGCAGCUUUCCCACAGCUACUGCAUACAAGCUGUGACGUGCUUUUAAGAUAUAAUAGCAGCAUGCUUUUAGUAGCAGGGAGGGAAUGAUUUAUCAGGAGUGGCAAAGGGGCUGGGAGACAAGUCCUGCUGCAGUCCUAAAAAGUGUACAGCUGUCAGAUACCGGGUGAAGAGGAAGGGCGUGCGAGAGCAAUCUGCCUCUGCUCCUGGUUGCGAGCUUUAGGGGUUUGUGACAUCGUGGUUCUUUGGAACGCUGGAGUCUGAGUGCAGCUACUGAAAAGUCACACAGCUGGCAGUGAAUGCCACUCUCCUUUCAAGGCUGAGCAGACCAUUAAUGAGUGAAUGGGCUCCACUGGGGAAGCUUGUCCUCACAUCAUGACAGCUGACAAGGCAGAAGCUGGAGAGUUAGCUCUGGAGCCCCUGCUCACUUGCAAACUAUGCCUCUGUGAAUAUUCCCUGGAUAAGAUGACUACUCUUCAGGAAUGCAGCUGCAUCUUUUGUACAUCGUGCCUAAAACAGUACGUACAGCUGGCAAUUCAAGAAGGUUGUGGAUCUUCUAUCACAUGUCCAGACAUGGUAUGCCUGAACCAUGGGACCCUACACGAAGAAGAGAUUGCCUGUUUGGUGCCGGUUGACCAGUUUCAGUUAUACAAGAGACUGAGCUUUGAACGAGAAGUCCACUUGGACCCCCGGAGAACAUGGUGCCCUGCAGUCGACUGCCAAACGGUGUGCCAUAUGGCACCAAGCGAGUCGGGAGCACGGAUGCUGGUGGAAUGCCCAUCUUGUCACCUGAAGUUCUGUUCCUUUUGCAAGGAGGCAUGGCACCCACAGCACCUGUGCCAGGAAAACCAAAUUCCUUUGCUAAAUGAGCAUGGAUCACUUAUUGGAACAGAGUCAGAGGCACCAAUUAAGCAGUGCCCAGUUUGUCGGAUCUACAUUGAGCGAAAUGAGGGCUGUGCUCAGAUGAUGUGCAAGAACUGCAAACACACAUUUUGCUGGUACUGUCUACAGAACUUGGAUAACGAUAUCUUCUUGCGACAUUACGACAGAGGCCCUUGCAGAAACAAGCUGGGCCACUCACGGGCUUCGGUGAUGUGGAACAGAACGCAGGUUGUGGGGAUCCUCGUUGGACUAGGUAUAAUAGCAUUGGUGACCUCUCCCUUGCUGCUUGUGGCAUCUCCGUGCAUCAUCUGCUGCAUUUGCAAAUCUUACCGAAGCAAAAAGAAGAAACACAGCCCACCAACAACCUAAAACUCUGUGUCUCUCUGAGCCUCCAUUUGCAGAGCCUAUUUUUUGUGAGAAAGCACAAUGGUUGUAUUUUGGUGCCAUACCUGCCAAAUAAUACUCUUCUACGCCAA